AACCUCACUCUCUCUGUCUAUGUGUCUGACUCUCACAACUCCAACCGCUUUCGAAGUCAUGGCUUUGCCUUUAUCCUCUUCUUCUAUCAUCAUCUCUUCCAAGAAGCUCUCCUUCAAUGUCUCCAUCUCUCAAAAACCGACUCAAAAGCACCUUUUCCUCUCUGCCCAUUUUGCAUUUCGACUCAAUGAAGCUCGUAGCCAAGUCACAGCAAGACCUGCUGUCCGUGCCUGCAACUCUACAACAAGUACUUAUGCCAAGGAUCUGGCAUGCGAGCACGAUUCUCCUCCUAAUUUGUACAUGUCGACUUUUGGAGAUGGAACGAAAAAACUUAAGAGUCUGAUUGCUAUGAUACUUAUUUUUAUCCAAAUUUCUGCACCAGUACCUUUGAGUGGUUGGGACUUUUGGUAUGUUUCUCCAGCAAAAGCAGUGCUUUAUUCUCCAGACACCAAGGUCCCAAGAACUGGGGAGCUUGCAUUAAGAAAGGCUAUCCCAGCAAACAUAAACAUGAAGUCCAUACAGACUUCUCUCGAGGACAUUUCAUACUUGCUAAGAAUUCCACAAAGAAAGCCUUAUGGAACCAUGGAGGGUAAUGUGAAGAAAGCACUAAAGAUAGCAAAGGAUGAAAAGGAUUCUAUCCUGGCAAGUCUACCAGAAGACUUGAAGGAAAAGGGGUCUACACUGUAUGCAUCUCUAAUAGAUGGGAAGGGUGGUUUGCAAGCACUCCUUCAAUGUAUUAAGGAUCAGGACCCAGAUAGAGUUUCUGUUGGCCUUGCAUCUUCACUGGAUGCGGUUGCAGAGCUGGAGUUGCUGCAGGCUCCUGGGCUGUCAUUUUUGUUGCCCCAGCAAUACUUGAAAUAUCCAAGGCUAACAGGCAGAGGGACUGUUGAAUUUACCAUUGAGAAAGUAGAUGGCUCAACAUUUUCCCCAGAAGCUGGUGGUGAACCAAAAAAGAAUGCCAAAAUUCAGGUUGUUAUAGACGGAUUCUCAGCACCAUUAACAGCAGGGAAUUUUGUGAAACUGGUAGUUGAUGGAGCAUAUAACGGGGCAAAGCUCAGCUUCACUGACCAAGCUGUUCUCACUGACAAUGGACUUGAUAAGAACAGUGGUUACAGUGUUCCCUUAGAGAUAAUGCCAUCGGGCCAAUUUGAACCUUUGUACCGAACAACAUUAAGUGUCCAGGAUGGAGAAUUGCCAGUUCUUCCACUAUCUGUUUACGGGGCAGUUGCAAUGGCACACAGUGAGGUUUCUGAGGACUUCUCUGCACCAUAUCAGUUUUUCUUCUAUCUCUAUGAUAAAAGAAAUGCUGGUUUAGGAGGGCUAUCUUUCGAUGAAGGGCAGUUUUCAGUUUUUGGAUACACAACCGCUGGGAGAGAAAUUCUUUCACAGAUAAAAAGUGGGGAUAUAAUUCAAUCAGCAGAGCUCGUGGAGGGUCAGGAUCGCCUCAUAUUGCCAAAUGAGAACUAACAUAAUCUUUACCACAGGAAGACUCGUCAUUCUUUAUCUUCAUUGCACUUGUUAUGGGAUCAGCCUGAUUUUCUUGGUGCAGGUUGGUGUCCUUGUGUUGGAGACCUCUGUAAAUCUUUCUUAUUGCCUCAAUUACUUGCAUUUGAUAUUGUAAAACUUGCUUGCUCUGAUAUCAAUUUGUUUUAUUCUUCCUUUCCAA